UCUAGCUUGUCUAUUAUUUUUGACAUCUUGAACGAUUUUGCAAUAUACAUUACAUUCUACUGUUUUCAAAAACAAAUAAAAAUAUUAUUUUAAUUACAUUUUGCUAAUAUUUCUGUCAUACAAAAUGGCUGGUCAAGAGAACAACAAGCCCAAUCAGGAUAAAGCUGAGGCUGAUAGUGAAAUUGCGCCGAGCGACGAAAGCAACGAUGAUAAUAUUUGUGAAGAGUAUGAAAUGUUGGAUUCAAAAUUGGAUGAGCUAAAUACGGCACUUGAUUUUCUGGAACAAAAGAAUGAUGAUAUUCACAAGAAAUUGAAGGAACUUCUUCAGUCCAACAUUGACAUUAGACAACAACUGCAAAAUGAGAACUCCAUGUCUCCUGACAAUUAAAUAAAAUGUGAAUAUUUAUGGGAUGUUAUAUUCAUUAUUUAUUAUAGUCCAUACUUAGAUAAUAUUAUAUGUUUGCAUUGUGAUUAUACACUACAUUGAGCAUUCACUAAAACUUCUUGUUUUAAUUUUUAGUAAAUGCUUUUUGAAAUUUCACUCAAUAAUAUUUUAGUUACUUCAUAAGUAAUAUUUUCAGAAAUUAUUGAUAAUUUGCCAUAAAUAAAAUUAUUGUGUAAGUUCUACAAGUAUAUUACAAUUAUUAUUGUUAUAGGGUAUGUAAAGGGCUAUGAAAGUUAAUUCCAAAUACAUUUAUUGAUUGUUAGUCUUUGUGUGAUGACAUAAUAAAAUAUCAUUACACUAAGGAAAAUAUCCCAUGGAAGUAUGCAACAUAAUUUUCAGUUUGUUUUUUGCUGGCAACACACAUUAGCCACUUCUGAAGUAUAUGUUUAUGAUCUUUAAUACCAAAGCUGUGUGUUGUAGGCUGCCCAUUAAAUUAUUUCAAUUCAUCUAAGUAAUGCGAUAUCAUUAGAAUAGUCAUUUUAAGGACAAUGACUGUUAUUCUACUUUCAUACCCAAGGUUUAUGGGUCCUUUGUUAUUACAAUUAACACUUUGACUGACCAAGAACCUGCCUGGUAGGCACUCGUAAUGUUUGCUCAGAUGCCGCACAACCCGCCUAGCGGGUUGUUUUGUACGCAGAUAUAGACGACCGGUUUCUGGGGUAGUGCGCCGUUUUUUGCUUGGUUGCGAAAGUGUUAAAACACCAUAUAUUUUCUAAUGGUAACAUAAUACCUACUUCAAUGUUUCAAUCAAUAUGCUUACUGUGAUAGAAAUGUUACUUGAAUAACUUGUAUUAUAUUUAGGUAUUAGACCUUAAAUUGUUGUUUUAUUUUAAUAGCUACAAUCAGAUUUUGUGUAAAGAGGUGGUGAGAGAUUAUUUUAAAGGCCAUCAUUUUUUCAAUUGUGACUUUCAAAACACAUGUUACUCACUUAUCUCAAAACUGUAUUUAGACACAAUAUCCCUAACCGCCUCCGUGUAUAUUAAAUGUAAACCGAAAAGACAAGGUUAAUAAAUUAUUUAUUUCACCUACAUUUUAUUUAAUUACUAAGCAAUAAUAAAAUAAUAGAUCACUAGUAUUUUCAAAUAAGGGUGAUUGAAAUAGUUUGCCAACCAUUAGUGAAUUUUAAUGAUGAUCCUUUUUCUCAAAACGCAAUCCACAAUAUCCACAGGAGUGGUUGCCUGGCUUGUCCUAAAAAGUAAAGAAUAAUACAUUAAUAAA